AUGGUUGAUAGCAGUAAUAAGAAGAGGAAGGCGUCUAUCAGUGAAGGAGACAUCGCCACUCUUUUGCAAAGAUAUGACACGAUGACGAUACUGAAGUUACUACAGGAAAUGGCACAUUACGCUGAGCCUAAGAUGGAUUGGAAUGAGUUAGUGAGGAAGAGUACUACUGGAAUUACAAGUGCUAGAGAGUACCAGCUGCUAUGGCGGCAUCUUGCUUAUCGAAACUCUCUCCUCCCCGUGGAAGACGGUGCUCAGCUUCCGGAUGAUGAUAGUGACAUGGAAUGUGAAUUGGAAACUUCCCCUGCAGUCAGCGUUGAUGUAGUUUCGGAAGCUAUGGCGCAUGUGAAAGUGAUCGCUGCUUCCUAUGUGCCAAGUGAGUCUGAUAUUCCCGAAGACUCAAUGGUUGAAGCUCCCUUGACCAUCAACAUACCUUAUGGCCUGCAGAGGGGGCCUCAGGAUCCAUCAGACUCGUAUUGGUCGUCAAGAGGGUUGAAUAUCACCUUUCCUGUUUCUCUUCAGAAAGCAGCUGACGGACCUAAUGGGAAUGGGUUGGCCACUAGCAUAGCUCCUCGGAAGAGAAGAAAAAAAUGGUCAUCUGAGGAGGAUGAUGAGCUGAUCGCUGCUGUGAAGCGACAUGGUGAAGGCAGCUGGGCCCUAAUUGCAAAGGAAGAAUUUGAAGGGGAGAGAACAGCCUCACAGCUCUCGCAGCGGUGGGGAGCUAUAAAGAGAAGGUGUGAGACUUCGAACACUGUUGCCCAAUCUGGCAUACAGCGAACAGAAGAACAAAUGGCAGCUAAUCAUGCAUUAUAUUUGGCGGUGGGAAAUCCUGUACCCUCAAAAAAACCUGCAGUAGGUAUACCUCCAGUGCUUUCAUCCAGAGCACAAGCCAACGGUGCCACCAGUGGUAGUUCAUUGCAAGGUCAACAUUCUCAGCCAGUAGUUCAAGCAUUGCCCCGGGGAUCAACAUCCGUUCCUGCUGCAAAAUCUCGACUUAACGCAAAGAAAUCAACAGCAAAUUCCAGUUCAAGAGCGGAGCUAAUGGUAACAGCUAAUUCAGCAGCUGCUGCAGCCUGUAUGUCUAACCUAGCAACUACAGCAUCAUUGCCAAAGGUGGAAGCAGGAAAGAACGCUGUUCCUGUGUUAGUGCCAAAGGCUGAACCCGUAAAAGUCGCUUCCACUUCCACAGCCUCUCUGCCUCGUCCUUCAGCACGGAAUGCUGAGCCUGUUAAACCAGCUCCGGCAGCCUCUUUGCCUCGUCCUUCAGCUGUAUCACCAGCACUGAAUGCUGAGUCUGUUAAACCGGCUUCCGCAGCCUCUUUGCCUCAUCCAUCAAAAGCUGAGCCUGUUAAACCCGCUUCGGCAACCUCUUUGCCUCGUCAAUCAGGCAUUACAUCAGCACCAAAGACUGAGCCUGUGAAAACCGCACCUGCAGCAGUUUUGCCUCGUCAACCAGGCAUUGUAUCAGCUCCAAAGACCGAGCCUGUGAAAACCGCGCCUGCAGUCUCUUUGCCUCGUCCAUCAAGUAUUCCAUCAGCACCAAAGGCUGAGCCAGUAAAGAGCACUAUUGCUACUGCUACAGCUACUAACACUCAAGCGGUUGGACCUUUGAAUAUAAGAAAUGCAACUAAUGGAACCCCAAAGCCCGUGAUAUCUUCAGCACCUUCUAGUAAGCCGUCACAUAUGGCCCCGUUCUCCAAAGGACCUACAAUCCAGAAUACUUCAGUUCCUUCUGGUUUUGCGUCGUCAAGGUUGGCCCCAGUACAGAGAGUUCCUGCGGCUAACGUGAUGCCACAAAAGCCAAGCGCGGGAGUGGCAGCUACCACCUCUUACAAGCCGGUUGUUGUGCAGAAAGAGCAAACUCAGGCUACUGUAAUGCCACAGAAGCCAGGAGCGGGAGCGGCGGUUCCCACCACUUACAAGCCGGUUGUUGUGCAGAAAGAGCAAUCUCAGGCUACUGUAAUGCCACAAAAGCCAAAUGUGGGAGCCGAAGUUAUUGCUUCUUCCAAGCCGGUUGGUGUACAGAAAGUGCAAACUCAGGCUACUGCAAUGCCACAAAAACCAAGUGUUGGACCGCCAGUUACCGCUAUUGGUGUGCAAAAAGUGCAAACUCAGGCUACAUCAAUGCCACAAAAGCCAACUGUGGCAGUUACCCCGGUUGGUGUACAAAAAGAGCAAUCUCAGGCUGCGUUAAUGCCACAAAAGCCUACUGUGGGAGCGGCAGUUAUUCCGGUUGGUGUACACAAAGAGCAAUCUCAGGCUACUGUAAUGCCACAGAAGCCAACAGUGGGAGCGGCAGUUAACGCUUCUUACAGGCCAGUUGGUGUACAGAAAGAGCAGCCUCAGGUAACCAGAGCAACAGCACCUCAGCCGAAUAAAACCAUGUCAACAAGCUCAGUGAUUAGCACAGGAAAGCUGGUGUCUGCCAAACUGGAGAUUCCUCCUAGUCUUAUGCCUUUGAAAAACCUAGUACCGCUACCACCUGAGAAAGAGAGUAGUACCACAGUUUCACCUAUCGUUCGAGCUGCGGCUGAAUCAAAUCCCAAAGAUGAAGCAAGUAAAGGAAAAAGUCCAGAUGUUGCAGCCGUGGCAGGGACCGGGCAGAAGAGUUCAUAG